AUGCCUGGAAACCUCCACGCUGUUCCGCCCGCGGACGUCCUCACGAGCUGGCCGAAAGCAAAUUAUGUCGACCCGGUCACGAGGGCAUGGAUGCCGGCCUUCAGCAUGACAUGGCAAUGCGUGUCGACCGUCCUCGUCGCCGGGCGCUUCUAUCUACGAGCGAGGAAUCAAGCCGGCAGCUUUGGACUCGACGAUCUGUUCAUCUUCCUCGGAUGGCUCUUCUCGAUCGCCUUCACGGCUUCCGCGUGGAUAGGAAGCGAACAUUUCGACUUGGAUCGGCAUACGUGGGAUGUACCUCCCCCCUCGUACGUUGGUGCGGCAUUGGUACGUCAAAAGGAACCCCCAUGGAAUGGUGGAAAUCGAGAAAGAAGAGCGAUUUGGUGUGCUAAUGUGGAGGAUACAUACAAAACAGACCGGCUGGAUCGCCCAAGUCAUGUUCAUCUUCAGCACCGUGCCCACAAAACUCUCCGUGCUACUCUUCUACCGCCGCAUCAUCAAGGGGACCCUCGACCGGCGCUGGCUCUACGCGAUCCGGGUCGCCCUGGCCGUCACGGGAGGCUACGGACUCGCCGUCCUCCUGGCGUACUGCCUCAUGUGCACGCCCCUCGACGCGUACUGGAAAUCCUACAACUUCAGCUGGAAGCAUGAAUACCACUGCAUCAACGGCAACGCCCUCACCAUCACCAGCGGCUUCUGCAGUGUCCUGUCGGAUCUCUACGCCGUCGCAUUGCCCUGGGUCAUCCUGAGGCACUAUGACCUGUCCGCUCCGAGGAGGCAGAAGAUUGCAUUGAAUUGUAUCUUCUCUCUCGGGUUACUGUACGUCUCCUCCCCUUCUCCCCUCCUUUCCUCAAACCAUUCCUCCUUCGGCUCAGUACUGAUAUGAUCCAGCGUCACGGGCGCCGGCAUCGGCCGCACCUACUACCUCUGGGCCAUCAACCACACGUACGACACCUCCUGGGCGGGCUUCAACGUCUUCACCUGGUCCCUCAUCGAAUGCCAGCUCGCCCUCAUCUGCGCCUGCGCCCCCUCCCUCCGCGCCUUCUUCCGCCACUACCUGCGCGACAGCCUCAAGCGCACGCUGGGUAGCUUCGGCAGCAGCGUCAGCCACCACCCGGAGUCGCCGGACGCGGACGAUGAUGAUACCACCAAGGUCUGCUCGACGUCUUCGGAUACGAUGGUCAGGGAAGGAGGAAGACGAGGGGGGGCCGGGGAGGGGGAGGUUGAUGGGGAUGUGGAUGUGGAAAAAGGCGUUUUGCACAGAACGGGUUCCCUGGAGCGGGUCGGCAGCGGCGGGAACGAUAGCAGUCGCAGUCGCAACGUGACGACCACGACGCCGCAGGAGUACGAGAUGUAUGCCGUGGAGCGCCUGACGCGGCAGGUGAACCGGGCGACGAGUUGUCGGGUUUUCCGCGCCGUCGAGGUGGAAAUCCCGCCUCCGACGCAUCAGCAGCAGCAGCAGCAGCAGCAGCAGCAGCGGGCGAGUACGUUUUUUUGA